AAACUAACGGUUCGGAUAUAAAGCCAAGUCAUCAGUGAGGCAGAGCAAAGAGAGAAACCAUGGCGUCUGCUGUAUACUCUGAAGAUCUGACCUGUCCUAUCUGUCUGACUAUCUUCACUGACCCAGUGACUCUUCUCUGUGGACACUCUUUCUGCAGAGGUUGUAUUACAGAUGUUCUCAGUUCACAGCACCAGUGUCCACAGUGCCGGACUUCUGUUGCAACAGAAGGGACAUGUCUUCCAACCAGCUAUAUAUUGAAAAACCUCGCGGAAAAGGCAAAAGAAGCUGUGAAGACAAAGAAAGAGCGCGGACACGAGAAAGAGGCGGCUGAGCUGUGCCCAGAGCAUGACGAAAAGCUGAAACUGUUCUGCGUCACAGAUCAGCUGCUAGCUUGUAUCAUAUGCAGAGAUGGAGAGAGACAUGAAGGACACAAGUUUAAACCAAUCAAAGAAGCAGCUGCAUCUCUGAGACAGGAGUUACAGGAGGGUGUACAGAGCUGUGCUGGUGAUGUCCUGGCUACAGAGAGCCUAGCCAACACACAGAGGGAAGAAAUAAGACAAACCAAAGAGAAGUCUCAGCAGCUGAUGACCCAAAUCCACAGGCAGUUUGAGGAGAUGCACCAGUUUCUGAGAAAGAGAGAAGAUGAGAUAAAGAAUGAGCUGAAAAACAAAGAGGAAGAUGCUGUUGAGAAAAUGAAUGAGAGCUUAAAAGCUCUAGAAACAGCUUUGUCUCAGAGCAGAGAGCUGGAGGUGAAACUGACAUCAGUUCUAAAAAUUGAAGACUCAGAGAAGUUCUUAAAGAGCUGGACUGAAGCUAGCAGCUUGAUGACUUCACAACAGUUAUUGAGGCCCAAAGCAAAUGAUCUCCAAGUGGUGAAGACCUCUCUCUCUUUGGGGCCUUAUGAAAGCCACCUGCAGUUCUUUGUGUGGAAGGAGAUGCUUCAGGUGGUCCAGCCCCGAGCUGAGCUGGUCUCACUGAAGAGCAACAGUACAGACAUCACUGUGUCUGGUGAUGGGCGGAGUGUGUUUUGUACUCCCAGAAGCAACCAAGAUACAUCAGGUGACUCCUAUGGUUUUACUUCUGCCAGAGGAACCAGCCCACACCCAGCCGAAGCUCCUGCUUUUGCUUCUGCAGCAGGAUUCAGCAAACAAGCUGCUUCUCGUUUUGGUUCUAGGGGAAGAUUGGUCACCCCCUUAGCUACAGGUUUUAAUUUUGGUGGAUUUGGAGGAUUCAGCCAAACCAUGACCGCUCCUUCUUCAAUUGAAGGAUUAUUAAUCAACACAAAUCCUGAGUUUACUUCAAGGCAGCAUUACUGGGAAAUAGAGGUUGGACAAAGGGAUUAUUGGGAACUAGGAAUUAAAGAUAACUUCCUGAAAUAUGAUGGCCAAAAAUAUGCCACCUGUGAUCUAAAUUUCAACACAGAGCUUUCAUUUGAAGACAGACCGCGGAAGAUUGGGAUUUACCUAAACUGCUCAGCCAAGAAGCUCUCCUUCUACAAUGCAGACAACAUGACACAUAUUCACACUAUGAGCUCCAUUGUCAUGGCCAAGUCACUGUCAGCAUAUGUUAAGAUUAGAAGCGCAGCAGCAGCAGAUGCUAACCCUCUGACAGUGUGCUGGUACUACCUCCGCUGUAUGGGGCUGGUGAAAAGCAGAUUAGCAAAGAGAGAAACCAUGGCGUCUGCUUUAUACUCUGAAGAUCUGACCUGUCCUAUCUGUCUGACUAUCUUCACUGACCCAGUGACUCUUCCCUGCGGACACUCGUUCUGCAGAGGUUGUAUUACAGAUGUUCUCAGUUCACAGCACCAGUGUCCACAGUGCCGGACAGCUGUUGCAACAGAAGGGACAUGUCUUCCAACCAGCUAUAUAUUGAAAAACCUCGCGGAAAGGGCAAAAGAAGCUGAGAAGACAAACAAAGAGCGCGGACACGAGAAAGAGAUCCCUGGACUGCAAAACAAACAAAUAAAGAAUGAUGCAACUUCAUAUGAGGAAGCGGCUGAGCUGUGCACAGAGCAUGACGAAAAGCUGAAACUGUUCUGUGUCACAGAUCAGCUGCUAGCUUGUAUCAUAUGCAGAGAUGGGGAGAGACAUGAAGGACACAAGUUUAAACCAAUCAAAGAAGCAGCUGCAUCUCUGAGACAGGAGUUACAGGAGGGUGUACAGAGCUGUGCUGGUGAUGUCCUGGCUACAGAGAGCCUAGCCAACACACAGAGGGAAGAAAUAACAAAAACCAAAGAGAAGUCUCAGCAGCUGAUGACCCAAAUCCACAGGCAGUUUGAGGAGAUGCACCAGCUUCUGAGAAAGAGAGAAGAUGAGAUAAAGAAUGAGCUGAAAAACAAAGAGGAAGAUGCUGUUGAGAAGAUGAAUGAGAGCUUAAAAGCUCUAGAAACAGCUUUGUCUCAGAGCAGAGAGCUGGAGGUGAAACUGACAUCAGUUCUGAAAAUUGAAGGCUCAGAGAAGUUCUUAAAGAGCUGGACUGAAGCUAACAGUUUGAUGACUUCACAACAGUUAUUGAGGCCCAAAGCAAAUGAUCUCCAAGUGGUGAAGACCUCUCUCUCUUUGGGGCCUUAUGAAAGCCACCUGCAGUUCUUUGUGUGGAAGGAGAUGCUUCAGGUGGUCCAGCCCCGAGCUGAGCUGGUCUCACUGAAGAGCAACAGUACAGACAUCACUGUGUCUGGUGAUGGGCGGAGUGUGUUUAAUACUCCCAGAAGCAAACAAGCUACAUCAGGUUCCCUCUUUGGUUCAGUGUCUGGUGAUGGGCGGAGUGUGUUUAAUACUCCCAGAAGCAACCAAGCUACAUCAGGUUCCCUCUUUGGUUCAGUGUCUGGUGAUGGGCGGAGUGUGUUUAAUACUCCCAGAAGCAACCAAGCUACAUCAGGUUCCCUCUUUGGUUCAGUGUCUGGUGAUGGGCGGUGUGUGUUUAAUACUCCCAGAAGCAACCAAGAUACAUCAGGUUCCCUCUUUGGUUCAGUGUCUGGUGAUGGCCGGAGUGUGUUUAAUACUUCCAGAAGCAACCAAGCUACAUCAGGUUCCCUCUUUGGUUCUCGUCCCGCCCCAACACCCAGCCAACACACACUUUGUGGUUUUGGUUCUGCUCAGUUUGGUUCUGCUUCUUUUGGUUCUGGGGGAGGAUUUGGCCAAACCAUGACCCCUCCUUCUUCAAGUGAAGGAUUAUUAAUCAACACAAAUCCUAAAUUCACUUCAGGACAGCAUUACUGGGAAAUAGAGGUUGGACACAGGGAUUAUUGGGAACUAGGAAUUAAAGAUAACUUCCUGAAAUAUGGUCGCAAAAAAUAUGCCAUCCGUGGUCCAAAUUCAACCACAAAGGUUCCAUUUGAAGUCAAACCUCGGAAGAUUGGGAUUUACCUAAACUGCUCAGCCAAGAAGCUCUCCUUCUACAAUGCAGACAACAUGACACAUAUUCACACUAUGAGCUCCAUUGUCAUGCCCAAGUCACUGUCAGCAUAUGUUAACAUUAGCACAGCAGCAGCAGAUGCUAACCCUCUGACAGUGUGCUGGUACUGAAGUCAAGAUCAGCAUCCCUCUAUUGAAUGGUGUUGCCAUAUGACCAAAGAUACUUUACAGCUCCAAAUAUUAUAAUAUUAGGGCCAUUAAAUAAAAUGCAUGAUUUAGUAUUUAGUUAUGAAAAAGGAGCUUUCUACAUUUAUAUGGCAAAAACUUAAUCCACAUACAUGAUCUGCACUUCCUUUUUCUGUGGACAUGUGAAACUGAGAAUGUCACAAUAAGAGGGCUCCACGAAUCGACUAAUUGUUUCAUAUUUUAAGCAAAAUUCUCCAAACAAGUCCUUUAAUUAACUAGUUGGGGCAUCCUAAUGGUUAAGGGUCCAGGAAACAACCAGGGAGACUGGCUGGCUGGGUUUCCAGAGUUUGGAACUUUUUAUGAUUUUAUAUAUAUAUAAUAGUUUCUGCUAUUUUGUAAGUAUUAUCUACAUUAAAAUGUACCAAUUACACCGUUGGAAAUCAGAAGUAAUUGUAAUAUUCCACCCAGUUGUAUGUUGGUUCACUUUUGUAUAGAUUUUCAUUCAGUUAGCCGAGUCAGGUGGCCUCCUGAUUCUGAAUGGUGAACAAGAUGUAACUGGGUCAGAAUGGAUUAUGUAAUAUGAAUUUGAUUUUGAAAAAUAUAGAUUGUAUCUGACUAUUCGCAGUUGCCAUGGCAACAAUUGACCAACCACUCCCUUAAAAAUAUAUUUUUUAAAUUUUGUAUUAAUAUUCACAUUAUUUAAGCAAUUUCAGGUAAUGAAAACCCAAUAAAACAUUUUUAUCAGGUAAAGUUAAUAAUUUGUUUGACAGAAAAAAUAUAUAUAACAUGUACCAGUUGUGUCUUAUUUUCAGUUUUUAAAGGAACAUGAAAUAUUAAAAAAAAAAAGGCAUAUUCAUAUUAUUAUUUUGUAUAUAACAAAGUUAUGAUGUAUUAUUCUUGUUUGUCAUUCUGUCCUUCUAUCAUGUCUAACAUUAUUUUUGGGCUUGUGGUUAAGGUGUUUAGUAUGUGUAUGACCAGAUAAAUCAUUUUGAAUUUGUGUUUUCUUAAUUUGAAUAAUGUCAUUUGUGUUUGCCGUCUGACUUUAUUAGAUAGCAGACUUUAUUAUUUGUGAUCAAGUGUGUUUUACAUUAUUGUACUGAAGUGGUU